AGUGUGAGAGCCAACACAAUCCAAAGUUGGAUUGUUUGCAAGUGCUGUAAAUAGCUGUAUGAAGGAGUUUUACUGUCAUUUAUAAUUUUACCAAUGUUAGUAGUGUACGAUAAUACCAAUAAAGCUUAAAGGUCUAUAAUUACUGGGCCUGUUCACCGCAUCUUAUCUUAAAACUGCGAGUCGAUAUCGGUACGCUUCGCCAGCACUGGUAAGUUACUACAAUUCAAUCGUCCCGGCGUGUCAGGUUGCGGGUAACUAAAGCUGGACAAUACGCAAUGGCCAGCAAGGUGAUCCUCAAGAAUACAACUAAACUCAGCCUCAAUGAGCGCUUCACAGCAUACCGUCAGCAGGCAGAGGCGGAGGCAUUGCGAGCUGCGGCAGCAGCAGCUGCAGUUCCCCAGAUUCCUCCAGUGCCACAAGCAUCAAUGCGCAAUGUGUGCCUGGCACAGCAGAUGGCCAACCGGCCCAGCGUGCUUGCUGCCCUGCGCCUCCGGAAGGCUACCCCUGGGCUGAGUAGCGGCUACAUGGUGCCCUCUCCCUCCAUCGGAGCCAUGGAACGGGGGAUGUCUCCCCUUGGUGGUGGCUGGGUCCUGCAGCGUAGCCUGCGCCAACGUCUUGGCCCGCUGUCUGGUGGGGUGAAGGCGCGCCUUGGACUGCGGCCAUUUCACCCGGCCGGGCUGUUGCUCCGGUCAAGGCUGGGAUUGAGGCCAGUUCAGGCCAACGGAACCCGUGCUGCACAGUCACGCAGGAAUCGUGGAGCAGCCAGGACUUACUACAGGCAGCCUCGUGCCAAUGGGGCCCUCCGUGGACAGUUUGGGCGGCCACGAAAUCGCAGGCGGCGUGCCCAGCAACAACAACAGCAGCAGCAGGCAGCACCCGGUGUGAAUUCUGGCGGCCAAACUGACCGUCGCCAGUUGGACCAGCAGUUGGAGGCAUACAUGCAACGUACGAGAAGUCACUUGGACGCUGAGCUGGAUGCCUACAUGGCCCAGGCCAGUGGCAGUAGCAGUUAGAUGAGUUUAGAUGAAGCCUAAUGCGGCGGAGGCUGGCGAGCCAGGAGCAGGGCAAUGUUGCGUGGCGAGGAGCCGGCAGACGGGAAGGCAGCUGCCAGCUGAGCCCCACUCCAGCACGCCCGGUCACCAAGCACCAUACCUUCCCA